CGCAUUCACUCGACGUCGGUAGACACUCAGUCCCGUGCGAUUUAUAGACUUUUCGUUUCCUACUUCAACUCAAAGUAUUUUUUACUACCUAAUACCUUGAUCAGUCAGCAAAAAUGGUACAGUCGUACGGAAACAGCAACGGCUAUAGCAACUCUAACGGCUAUGGUGGUGGUGGCGGGUCGGGUUAUGGGGGGGGGGGAGGAGGCGGACACGGCGGGGGAUAUGGUGGUGGCGGUGGAUACGACUCGUACGGUGGUGAUCGCAUGAGCAACCUGGGUGGCGGAUUGAGGGACAUCAACUGGUCCACCCAGAACCUCGAAAAGUUCGAGAAGAACUUCUAUGUUGAAGAUAAGCGAGUUUCUGCCCGUACCGAUCGCGAAGUCGAGGACUUCAGGCGCAAACAUGAGAUGAAGAUUCAGGGCCGUGGCGUUCCCAAGCCUAUUACUACCUUCGAGGAAGCUGGGUUCCCAGACUAUAUUCUAACUACUAUCAAAGCUCAGGGCUUCGCAGCACCGACCCCCAUCCAAUGCCAGGCUUGGCCGAUGGCCCUAUCUGGUCGCGACGUCGUCGCCAUCGCACAGACUGGCUCCGGCAAGACCAUCGCCUUUGCUCUUCCUGCGAUGCUUCACAUUAACGCUCAGCCUCUCCUCACUCCUGGUGAUGGCCCCAUCGCGCUCGUUCUUGCCCCUACUCGUGAGCUGGCUGUACAAAUCCAACAGGAGUGUACCAAAUUCGGCUCAAACUCCCGCAUUCGCAACACCGCUGUUUAUGGUGGUGCACCAAAAGGUCAGCAGAUCCGCGACCUCCAACGCGGUGUGGAGGUCGUCAUCGCUACUCCCGGUCGUCUGAUUGACAUGCUUGAGUCUGGCAAGACUAACCUUCGCCGCGUGACUUACCUCGUCAUGGAUGAAGCCGAUCGUAUGCUUGACAUGGGUUUCGAACCCCAGAUUCGCAAGAUCGUUGGUCAGAUUCGUCCCGAUCGUCAGACGCUCAUGUUCAGCGCCACUUGGCCCAAGGAAGUGCAACGACUUGCUCAGGAUUUCCUCAAGGACUUCAUCCAAGUCAACAUUGGCUCCAUGGAUCUGAGCGCUAACCCUAACAUCGAACAAAUCGUCGAAGUUUGCUCUGACUUUGAGAAGCGUGGCAAGCUUCUCAAGCACCUCGACAAGAUCAGUAACGAAAAUGCGAAGGUGCUCAUUUUCGUCGGCACCAAGAGGACCGCCGACGAUAUCACGAAGUACCUUCGCCAGGAUGGCUGGCCGGCCCUUGCCAUUCACGGCGACAAGGAACAGCGUGAGCGUGAUUGGGUUCUAAGCGAGUUCAAGGCUUCUCGUUCGCCCAUUCUCAUUGCUACUGACGUGGCUUCCCGUGGUCUCGACGUGAAAGAUGUGGGUUAUGUUAUUAACUAUGACUUCCCUAACAACAUCGAGGACUACAUUCACCGUAUCGGGCGUACUGGGCGUGCUGGCAACACUGGUGUCUCUUAUACUUACUUCACUACGGACAAUGCCAAGCAGGCUCGUGAGCUGAUUAAGAUUCUGCGUGAUGCUCAGAUGAAUGUUCCUCCUCAACUGGAGGAGAUGGGUAUGAUGGGUGGUGGCGGAGGUGGUGGACGCCGCUACGGUGGUGGUGGCCGUGGCGGGUAUGGCGGAGGGGGAGGAUACGGCGGCGGAGGAUAUGGCCAGCGUGAUUCUGGCUAUGGCAGUCGCAACAACCGUUACUGAGUGUUCGGUGCUGACGACUUUCUGCUCUUUCAGUGUAAUACUUUCCCAUGCGACCCUUUUCAUGUAGUUAUUCAGGUACUCUGUCCUAGAGUCGAUGGAGAAUAUAGACAUUCUCUCCGAAUUAUCC